AUGAACUUAGUUUUGUUUUAAACAUCCCCUUUUUUAUAUAGAUUUUAUAGAUUUGGUUGAAAUCACAGAUGUCAUAUUUUUCAUCUUUAUAACACAAGUUUUCUUUCCAGGUAGAAGGACAAGAAAAUAAUGAGCCAUUGCCAUAGAAACACAAAGGGUUAAAGGUUUCUCUUUUAAUUUUGUUUUGGGUUGUGUACUGUACUUUGAACAACUUAUGUAUUUUGUGCUCAAAAUAAAUGUACUUUGAGUACAUGGAAAGUUUUCAUUCCAAAUCGUAGUUUUUCAGGAUUAUUGCUUUUGAAAUGCUAAUUCUCAAAAUAGAGCACAUAAUUCUUACCAUCUUAUGUUAAUGCAGGUAGUAUAGCUGAGUGAAACAAAAAGCAUAUAAAGAGACUUUGAUACUUUUAAUAGUGCAAGUCUGUUCUGCUAAUUUUAGUAUGCAAGUCAGCACAAGGGGCAUAAUGGCCUGAUGGAAGCUUUCCUCAGGUGAGUGAGUUUCACAAGUGAAAAUAAGGCGCCUGUUUGCUUAAAAUUUGAAUCUGUUGCAGGUUUACAAAUUAGAAUUUCAGCCUGCAUGAAUUAAUAGGGAUAUUAAUUAUUUUACUUGCUUAAUUGUAAUAAUUGAUAUAAACAUGUUUUGUCAGAAUUCACAGGCCCAUACUAACUGUCCUUAAUUUCUUUCCUACAGCAGUACUGCUAUAUGCCAGUCCUGUCUGCAUUCUUAAGGGUGCAGUUCAACACAUCCUGUGUAAAUUAUGGUGAAAAAGUAUUCCAAAGGAAAGUCCUAUCAAAGCUAGUGUCAGAAUGACACUGCCAAUUGGGCAAUGAUCUUCAGUAUAGAAAAUGUUUUAAGAAUUUUAUUUUUCCUAAAUUGUAAUGCUAUACUGCUUGUAUAGCAAAUCUGCACAUUAUUUUAGAAUAGUGUGUCCAUGAUAAGUCUCAUUUUUAUAUUCUUGGGCUUCCGUAAAGUAUUUAAAAGUUAAAAUAAAAACUCAAGAUACACAGAAUAAAACAUGGUAUUCAAAAAUCUUUUUGCCUGUGAGUAUCAUCGUGGUGGUAAAUGUACUGUAUAUUACAAUCAACUCCCAAUUGUAAUUGUACCUUCGGAAGAAAAGAGGGUCAAAUAGUAUAAUUUCAUUUUUUUAUAAUAUAAAAAAUGAAGCCCUUCUACAAUAUGACACCUCAAAAUAAAGAACUAGAGGGGUUUUUUUGUCCAAAUUUGUCAAAUGUAUAACUGGUAUUUAUGCUAAAACAUUUUGAAUCAUUAUCUAGGUAUACAGUAGUUAUUCAUAGUCAGAUAACAAGUAGGAUUUAACAGCUUACACAAGGUAAUGUUUUGAAUAUAAAUAUCUUUCCAAAGUGUUACUAAUGGUAAAGAGAUAAUUUUCUAGGCUUCUAUUCUGCUGCUUGAAGUCAGAACUGCUGAUGGACACAAAGGCACGAAAGUGUACGUAUUCCGGAUUAGCAACCCAGGAACCCAUCACUUCUGAAGACUCUUAACUGUGUUAUCAUUUUAUCAUUUUUAUCUGCUUUAAAAUAUUUGUUUUAAACUGCAGUAGUUAUGUUUGUGUUCAAACAGGUUAAAUUGAUCAACAAACUGAAUAAACGUAAGAUACGUGUAAUUUUUAAAAAAAUUCAAUCAAAAAAGUAAAAUUAAGUGAUUAUGGAAUAAUAUAAUAUUAGAGCAGGACAAUGAAAAAAGUAGAUUUUUUGAUUAUCCUGUACUUAUUGUAUUCCUGUCCUGUUGCUGUUCUCUUCUGCAGGAGGGAAGACACCUGAUCCUAAAAUGAAUGCCAGAACAUAUAUGGAUGUUAUGCGUGAACAGCAUUUAACAAAAGAAGAGGUUGCGACCCUCACACUAAUGGGUGUAUAUGUUACCUGCUCCAGACAAACGGAUCCGAGUUGCUGCACCAAGGGAAAUUAGGCAACAACUAGCAGAAAAAGCUAAAGCUGGGGAACUUAAAGUCGUCAAUGGCACCUCCUCCCAGCCACCUUCAAAACGCAAACGGCGUUGGGAUCAAACAGCUGACCAGACUCCUGGUACUACUCCUAAAAAACUAUCCAGUUGGGAUCAAGCAGAGACCCCUGGACAUACUCCUUCUUUGAGGUGGGAUGAAACUCCUGGCCGUGCAAAGGGUAGUGAGACUCCUGGAGCAACCCCAGGCUCAAAAAUAUGGGAUCCUACUCCCAGUCAUACACCAGCAGGAGCUGCAACCCCUGGACGGGAUACACCUGGUCAUGCAACUCCAGGCCAUGGAGGUGCAACUUCCAGUGCACGUAAAAAUCGAUGGGAUGAGACCCCCAAAACAGAAAGAGAUACACCGGGACAUGGCAGUGGAUGGGCUGAGACUCCUCGUACAGAUCGAGGUGGUGAUUCAGUUGGUGAAACCCCAACUCCUGGAGCAAGUAAAAGAAAGUCACGUUGGGAUGAAACACCUGCUAGCCAAAUGGGUGGUAGUACUCCCGUUUUGACACCUGGCAAAACACCAAUUGGUACACCAGCCAUGAACAUGGCAACCCCUACACCAGGUCAUAUAAUGAGCAUGACUCCUGAACAGCUACAGGCAUGGCGCUGGGAAAGAGAAAUAGAUGAGAGAAACCGGCCACUAUCUGAUGAAGAACUGGAUGCCAUGUUCCCAGAGGGAUAUAAGGUUCUUCCCCCUCCAGCUGGUUAUGUGCCUAUUCGUACUCCAGCUCGCAAACUUACAGCAACUCCCACACCAUUGGGUGGUAUGACUGGAUUCCACAUGCAAACAGAAGAUCGGACCAUGAAGAGUGUUAAUGACCAACCAUCUGGAAAUCUUCCAUUCCUAAAACCAGAUGAUAUUCAAUACUUUGAUAAACUACUGGUUGAUGUUGAUGAAUCAACACUUAGUCCAGAAGAACAGAAAGAAAGAAAAAUAAUGAAAUUGCUCUUGAAAAUAAAGAAUGGUACACCUCCAAUGAGAAAAGCUGCUUUGCGCCAGAUUACUGAUAAAGCUCGUGAAUUUGGAGCAGGUCCGCUGUUUAAUCAGAUUCUACCUCUGCUGAUGUCACCAACACUUGAAGAUCAAGAACGUCACUUGCUUGUCAAAGUUAUUGACAGAAUCUUGUACAAACUGGAUGAUUUGGUCCGACCAUAUGUACACAAGAUUCUUGUGGUCAUUGAACCACUACUGAUUGAUGAAGACUACUAUGCGAGAGUGGAAGGCAGAGAAAUUAUAUCAAACUUGGCUAAGGCUGCUGGUUUGGCUACAAUGAUCUCCACCAUGCGACCUGAUAUUGAUAACAUGGAUGAAUAUGUCCGAAAUACAACAGCUCGAGCCUUUGCUGUUGUCGCCUCUGCUUUAGGCAUUCCUUCUCUGUUGCCCUUCUUGAAAGCUGUAUGUAAGAGCAAAAAAUCCUGGCAAGCUAGGCACACUGGCAUCAAGAUUGUACAGCAAAUUGCUAUUCUUAUGGGCUGUGCUAUCUUGCCUCAUCUCAGAAGUUUGGUUGAAAUCAUUGAACAUGGUUUGGUGGAUGAGCAGCAGAAAGUGCGUACUAUCAGUGCUUUGGCUAUUGCUGCUUUGGCUGAGGCAGCUACUCCUUAUGGUAUUGAAUCAUUUGACUCCGUUCUAAAGCCCUUAUGGAAGGGUAUACGUCAGCACAGAGGAAAGGGUCUGGCUGCCUUUUUGAAAGCUAUUGGGUAUCUUAUCCCUCUUAUGGAUGCUGAGUAUGCCAACUACUAUACCAGAGAAGUAAUGCUAAUCCUUAUCAGAGAGUUCCAGUCUCCUGAUGAAGAAAUGAAAAAAAUUGUGUUAAAGGUGGUAAAGCAGUGUUGUGGUACAGAUGGCGUUGAAGCAAACUACAUUAAAACAGAGAUUCUGCCGCCAUUUUUCAAACACUUUUGGCAGCACAGAAUGGCACUGGACAGAAGAAAUUACAGACAGCUGGUUGAUACAACAGUGGAGCUGGCAAACAAAGUUGGAGCAGCAGAAAUUAUUUCCAGGAUUGUGGAUGAUCUGAAAGAUGAGGCUGAGCAGUACAGAAAAAUGGUUAUGGAAACAAUUGAGAAAAUAAUGGGGAACCUGGGUGCAGCAGACAUUGACCAUAAACUAGAAGAACAACUUAUUGACGGUAUCCUGUAUGCCUUCCAGGAACAGACCACAGAGGACUCUGUGAUGUUGAAUGGCUUUGGCACAGUGGUUAAUGCUCUUGGCAAACGAGUUAAACCGUACUUGCCCCAGAUCUGUGGUACAGUUUUAUGGCGUUUGAACAACAAAUCAGCCAAAGUUAGGCAGCAGGCUGCUGACCUGAUCUCGCGUACUGCAGUUGUUAUGAAGACUUGUCAAGAGGAAAAACUGAUGGGACACUUGGGUGUUGUCCUGUAUGAGUAUCUGGGUGAGGAAUACCCUGAAGUAUUAGGCAGUAUACUUGGAGCACUUAAAGCCAUUGUGAAUGUUAUAGGUAUGCACAAGAUGACGCCACCAAUCAAGGACCUGCUGCCAAGACUCACACCUAUCUUGAAAAACAGACAUGAGAAAGUACAGGAGAAUUGUAUCGACCUAGUUGGUCGUAUUGCUGACAGGGGAGCAGAAUAUGUUUCUGCAAGGGAAUGGAUGAGGAUCUGCUUUGAACUGCUGGAGUUGUUAAAAGCUCACAAGAAAGCUAUCCGACGAGCCACAGUAAAUACUUUUGGUUAUAUUGCAAAAGCUAUUGGACCCCAUGAUGUGCUGGCUACACUGCUAAAUAACCUGAAAGUACAGGAAAGACAGAACAGAGUAUGUACUACAGUAGCAAUUGCUAUUGUAGCUGAAACAUGCUCACCUUUCACAGUACUGCCUGCUCUGAUGAAUGAAUACAGAGUUCCAGAACUGAAUGUCCAGAAUGGUGUAUUAAAAUCUCUUUCUUUUCUGUUUGAAUACAUUGGAGAGAUGGGAAAAGAUUACAUUUAUGCUGUUACACCACUGCUUGAAGACGCUUUAAUGGACAGAGACCUUGUACACAGACAAACAGCCAGUGCUGUGGUGCAGCAUAUGUCUCUUGGAGUAUAUGGAUUUGGCUGUGAGGAUUCUCUGAAUCACUUGUUAAAUUAUGUGUGGCCCAAUGUGUUUGAGACAUCUCCUCACGUCAUUCAGGCAGUUAUGGGAGCACUGGAGGGCCUAAGAGUUGCCAUUGGACCAUGUAGAAUGCUGCAGUAUUGUUUACAGGGUUUGUUUCACCCUGCCAGGAAAGUCAGAGAUGUGUAUUGGAAGAUUUAUAAUUCAAUCUAUAUUGGCUCACAGGAUGCCCUGAUAGCACAUUAUCCAAGAAUCUACAAUGAUGAAAAGAACACCUACAUUCGUUAUGAACUUGAUUACAUCUUAUAAUCUUAUUGUUCAGUCAUUUGUGUUUAAUGCACAGCUGUUCCACACUUAAACUUGCUUCGAAUUUGGUGAUGUAAAAUUUUAAAACGUUGCAGAUCAGUCUAGAGCUGGUCAGAGGAGGAGCUAGAAAUCCAUUAGCAUGAUUUUUAAAUAAUCUGUCCUAUUUUUAUGUUAAACAGUUAAAGCCAGUAGUGACCAAGAACACAGUGUGAUUACACAAUGUACUGGAGGGAUUUCAUUUUGGAUUCAUCUUUAUGAAGAUUUAGAUUUCAUUCCUUGUGUUUAAAGGGGAUGUUUAUUUGAGAAAUAAACAUUUGUGUAUAAAAUACUAAUUUGUGUGUGUGUUUUUGGACAGAGAGGCUUGUGAAGCGAAUCUCUUUGAUAGAUUGUUAAGCAUUUGUUUAUGUAAAAAAGGUGGCGUAAAUUUUAACCCUCAUUUUGUUAUCCCCUAGUUUUGAAUAAAUAAGAAAAAUGUACAAACUGUA